AUUUGGCCUGCAUGGAGCAGCUCUAAUGUAAUUAUGAUGGCCUCUGAGCUGCUGUCUCGCAACUGGGAUCAACCUAAUGCCCUUUUAACGUGACAAAGGUCUCUGUCCGACACGCUGCUUCUUCCUCUUUUUUUUACGCACCACGACGAUGAGCUCGGGGAAGCCAAACUUUCUGUCACAGCCGAUCGUGAAGAACGUUUUCAUGUACCGAAACGGGGACCCUUACUACGAUGCGCGCCGGAUCGUGGUCAACCAAAAGAGGGUUGCCAACUUCGACACUCUGCUGCGAGAGGUGACCGGCGGGAUACAAGCCCCGUUCGGCGCGGUGAGGAACAUCUACACGCCGAGAGGAGGUCACAAGGUGGACUGCUUGGAGAGCCUCCAGAGCGGGGAGCAGUACGUCGCUGCCGGGAGGGAGCGAUUCAAAAGGCUGGAUUACCUACAGAUUGGUUCCAGAAGGAAGAAGAUGAUGCAGACUCUUCCACAGCAGGCCAAGCCACUGCCACCAAAUCGAAUUAUUGUGUCAGCUCGAUUUCUGAAACCCAUCAAGGAGCCGUGUACAAUUUUUGUGGUAUCAAAUGGUGAUCUCCUGAAUCCUGCCAUGAGGCUGUUAAUCCACCAGAGGAUGCUCAGCCAGUUUGAAAGAAUAUUGGAGCUGAUCACGGAGAAGAUGGGAUUGAGAGUCUUCGGGGGGGUCAGAAGUCUCUACACCUAUGAAGGCCACCAGAUUUCUGAUGGGAAUCAACUGGAGUGCGGUCAGCUGUAUGUUGCUGUGGGAAGGGAAAGGUUUAAAAAGCUGCCCUACAGUGAUCUUCUCUUCACAAAGCCCAGAGGGACAAGGAGAGUCAAUGGAAUGAAAGCUUACUCUCUGCCGCCUAUCUACAGAUUCUCCAAGCAAAAUGGAAAUAGCAAGUCUAUGGGCAGAUGCAUUGACAGUGGUGAUAGCGAGUCUAAGGCCGCUCCUCUAAGUCACACCGGCAGCAAGGAUCGUCUAUCCGCCAUCGUCAGAGAGAUCUCUCAGGCCAGGCUCUUGUCCGUCAGGAAGAUGAACAGUGGACAAAGCAUCUCUAAUAAUGGUAAUGCCGAAGAAGACCUGGAAUCAAAGAAUGAGGAUGGGAACACUGAGGAGGAGACCCUUCAAGACCAGCCAGCUGAGGAGGUGGAAACAUACAGCACUAUUCCAGCAGAUGAUGCUACAAAAGGCGCAGAGGAGAAUGCUGAAAUAGCGGCGGAUAAAGAGGAGGAUGUUGCCGAGAACACCACAGAAGAAGAACCAUCCGCUAAUGAAGAUGAAAUUAAGGGAAACCAGGAGAAUAUUGGCGAAAAAGAGGAAGGGGAAGAUAAGGACAAAAAUACAGAGAAAAACGCUGAAAAAUACGGAGCAGCGGCGGGAUCGGAAGAGGUCGAGGAGGAGGUAAAAAAACAACAACAGGAGGUGGUUGCAAAUGAGAGUAAUUCGGAGGUUAAAUGUGAGGAAACGAGGUCCAGCAGUAGCAACAGUGAUAAGAUCCAGCAUAGUGACGAGAAAGACGAUGGAGGCCAGACUUCUUGUGAGGGUGAAAAGGAUGAGCAAGAGAAAACACUAGAAGAAGAGACACAAGAUAAAGAUAGUGAAAAGGGGGAGAGAAGCAGUGAGGACCAAGUAAAUGAUGAAGACACUGUGAAUGAUCAGAAGGAGACAGAAAACCGCAGUGGGAGGACUCAUUCAAACAACGAGACGGAAGAGAGCGGUAGCGGCAGAUACCAGCGUGAAGAUGUGAGCAAAACAAAAGAGGCAGCUACCAAAGAGUCAGAAGAAGCAAAGAAGGAGGUGAAAGGAGAGGUCAGUGGGGAAGAUGAUGAAGUGCUAAGUGGAACAGAGCUGGACAAUGAGGAGAAUUCGGACAAAGAUGGAGAGAAAUGAGUGGGUUAUGAUGAGGAUAGUCAGGAAAAAAACAGAUUAAAAAAUGAAUAGAGCUGUUGGGUAAGAGGCGAUGGAAUUAUUAAGGUACAGUAUAUCUCUACCAUACAAUCCUAAAAUCACGAGGGAGACAGAGCAGAGUAAAAGCAGGUUGUACAAUGAGGCCAUGGAGGGUCAGCACUGAAAAGUAAGGGGUCUCAAAUGUCAAGCAAGCUUUGCCAGCUUAAUGAUGGCAGGUAAAGAAACACCAUGAGAUGUUCAGGUAUACGUAUCAAAAGCUUUUCCUCCUAACAUCAUUCAUAACUAUCAUGUCUGAAACAGAUUAAAUGUAAUUUAAAUAGAAUUUUAAUCCAAAAAUGUUUAGUAAAAACAUGUUUAUAUGUAACAGUACUAGCAACAUACUAUAUCAAGGCAGUUGAUAUAAAUAUUUUUUUAUGUACCAUGUGUAAUAUUGUAGAAAUACUGAAUGCAUCUGAAUGUUAUUCCAAACCAUAAUCCUUCAUUAGAUUUUCAUUACGUCACAUGGUCUGUUUGUUUUAAAUGUAUCUCUUACCACGCAUCACCUUUAAAGGAUG